CCUUUUCGCCUUGUCACGUCGUCUCUCGACGCCCACCGACUGUUUGUUAAAAGACCAUUUACAGACCGCUAUGCUAGAGAAGUUUUUCUCCACGAAGCAGAUUGAUACCAACUGCAACAGUGAAAUCAUUCUUCUUUCGGGCCCUCCCUGCUGUGGGAAGACAUCUCUCCUUUUCCAGUAUGCCUUUAACUGUGCCUUGGAGAACAGCCAUGAUGAUCGUUAUGUUGUGUUCAUCUGCAACCGGCGCAGGUUAGAGAGUAAACCCCCUUACUUGUCCCAGGGCAUUGAUCCCUCUUCUAAUGUCUUUCAGCGAAUACAAAUGAAGUAUGUGGAUGAUGAUGAGGGGAUCAAGAAGUAUUUUGCUGCAUUUCACCUACUCAAAACCUUUCCGCUUGCAAUUUUGGUUGAUGAUUUUGGAGAGUUCUUUGAUGAGAGGAGCUGUAUGGAGAGAUUGAGUAAUCCAAGGGGCAGAGACAUGUUGAUGGUUCGAACUCUAGCCCUGUGUCAUGAUGCUGUAAUGCAUGCAAAUGAAAGAUUGCCGUCUGGAAAUGCUUGCAAGCUUUUGUUCUCUGAUACACACCAUGGGGAUACUCCGAGGUCAUUAUUUAUCUAUAAAAGAUGGAUAUCAUCCAUUUUGACAAUAAAAGGUGAUCGUCCGGGAUCGUUUCUUCUGAAAAAUAGUAGGGCUUUUGUUGGGUGCACAAAAAGACCAAGAUUGGCAAGGUACUCUAUAGCUCUUCAGUAUCUGAUGUUGGAAGAGAUCGCUGAAGAAAUGGAGCAGUGACAUUAAAUGCAACACUAAACAAUGGUUGUAUGAUUUCUCCCUUCAUGUAGUAGUCACUAGUUGCUGUAUCCAUUUAAGCAAAGAUUAUAGGUGGUAGGGAACUUAUGCUGUUCAUUGCUACUGGUGCUUUGUUCUUGAUUUCUAUUAUCAACAAAACUAAGAUCCUCAUGCUUA